AUGAGUUGGGAGGGGGGGCGGCGAAGUGGGUUGUUGGGAUCAACGGUAAAAAGGAUGAUGUUCGUUCAUGCAAGACUUAUGAAAUUUGAUAGAGUUCUUCUCAUCGACCAGUAUCGUUCGACGUCACGAAAAAUCGACACGAAAAAGAGGUGCAACACGAGGACUUCCCAGGAGGUCACCCAUCCUAGUACUACUCUCGCCCAAGCACGCUUAACUGCGGAGUUCGAUGGGAUCCGUGCAUUAGUGCUGGGGGGGCGGCGAAGUGGGUUGUUGGGAUCAACGGUAAAAAGGAUGAUGUUCGUUCAUGCAAGACUUAUGAAAUUUGAUAGAGUUCUUCUCAUCGACCGGUAUCGUCGACGUCACGAAAAAUACGACACGAAAAAGAGGUGCAACACGAGGACUUCCCGGGAGGUCACCCAUCCUAGUACUACUCUCGCCCAAGCACGCUUAACUCGCGGAGUUCGAUGGGAUCCGGUGCAUUAG